AUGUUAGCAUCACUCAACUCCAAGGACGAAGUUCAUCUCUUUGUUGGUGUAUCCGGUCUUACUUAUACAAGAGUUCAAUCUACAUUGGCCAAUGAAGCACAUCCAAUAAUCAUCACAAAUGAUUCAAAUCAAAGCAUACCCACAAAUUUAAAAUAUUUGAUACAAGAUAAAAAAAUCCCAUUAAUUGAAAGACAAUUUAAUAUUGAAACUGAUUUAUUAACUUUAGGUAGAUCAAAAGUUGGUAAUAUUGUGGAUAAAUUAUUUGUUAAUUUACCUUCAUCAAAAUCUAUAUUAAAAGAACAAAUUUUUGAAAAAUGUCAAAUUUAUAGAAUACCCAUUAAUACAACUGAUUCACCAGAAUUCUCUACAUUCACAUUAUUAUCAACUUAUCAAGAUGGUGAUUUCCAAUUAGGGUUAACUACUUCAGGUAAAGUUUGUGAAACUGUUGGUGAAUUAAGAACAAGAAUUCAAGAAGAAGAUCGUUUAAAAUUAGCAGAAUUAUAUAAAGAAGAUUAUGAAAAAUUAAUUGAAAUGGAAAUUGGUGAACAUGAAGAAGAUUCAAUUCAAAAUUCAAAAUUAAAUACAUUUGUUAGUGAAUUUAAUAUGACUGAAUCACAAAAGAAAUUACAAAGAUCAAGAUGGUUAUCACAAGUUGUUGAAUAUUAUCCAUUCAGUAAAUUAGCUUCAUUAUCAAUUGAUGAUUUAUCUUCUGCUUAUCAUACAUCAACUGAAACAAAAUUAACUCCAUCAGAAUCAUCAAAUUCAACCACAAGAUCAGAAUCAACUCAACAAUCAAAACAACAAAGUUUAAACCCAACAGAUCAAGAUUCAAAUACACCAACAACAGAUGUAAUUGAAAAAGAAAUCACACAAGAUGUUUCCAAAAAGGGUACUAUAUCAUUAGUCGGUUCAGGUCCAGGUUCAAUUUCAUUAUUAACUUUAGGUGCUCUUUCAGAAAUUAAUACAGCAGAUAUAAUACUUGCAGAUAAAUUAGUUCCGCAACAAGUUUUAGAUUUAAUCCCUAUCAAAACUGAAAAAUUCAUUGCACGUAAAUUCCCAGGUAAUGCAGAAGCUGCACAAGAAGAAUUAUUAAAUAUUGGAUUAGAAUCACUUAAACAAGGUAAAAAAGUUGUUAGAUUAAAACAAGGUGAUCCAUAUAUUUUUGGACGUGGUGGUGAAGAAUAUUUAUUUUUUGAUAAACAUGGAUAUAAACCAAUUGUAUUACCAGGUAUAACAUCUGCAUUAUCAUCAACUGUCAAUUCAAACAUCACUGCAACUCAAAGAGAUGUUGCAGAUCAAGUAUUGAUAUGUACAGGUACUGGUAGACGUGGAGUUUUACCAAACUUACCAGAAUUUGUUGAAACAAGAACAACAAUUUUUUUAAUGUCAUUACAUAGAAUUUCAGAUCUUGUACCUGCUUUAAUUUCAAAAGGAUGGGAUCCAAAAGUCCCAGCUUGUAUAGUGGAAAGAUCUUCAUGUCCAGAUCAAAGAGUUACAAGAACUAGAUUAGAAGAUCUUGUUGAUGCAGUGGAAGCUAUUGGUUCAAGACCUCCAGGUUUAUUAGUUAUUGGUCAUGCAUGUCAAGUGCUUAAUAAACCAUUAACUGAAAGAUGGAUUGUUGAAGAAGGUGCUGAAGUUGGUGAAUCAAAUAUCGGGAAUAUUUUGAGCACUUUGAAGGCAUAA